CGUGCAUUGCAUCCCCCUCUCUGCUGCCUGCUGCUCUGCUCUGAGCGAAUAAAUGCCACCACCUUACCACACAGCCACAAAACCCCCUUUGGCUGCACACCCUGCCACAAGAUGGCUCCCUGUUCCUCUUCCUCCUCGUCACCACGGCCACCCACCCCUCUCCUCCUCUUCCUCCUCCUCCUCUCUUCCUUCCUCGCUGCAUCAGCUCUGGCUGACAGUAGCAGCGGCAGCAGCAAUGCGACGACGGCGGCGGCGACGUGGACGCCGCGGCUGAGGAAGACGUUCUUGGACGACGGCAGCUUCGCGGCGGGGACGCGGCUGUGGCGCGGCCGGCGGCUGGUGGGUAGGUUCCAGGUGUGCGCGGUGUGCACGUGCUGCGGGGGGCCGCACGGGAUGUGCAUCCCGGCGCCGUGCUGCUACGCCAUCAACUGCAACAUCCCCAACCGCCCCUUCGGCGUCUGCUCCUUCACCCCCCGCACCUGCAACUGCCUCAAUUGCCACCUGUAGCAGCAAGACCGCCGAGAUUCCGGAGCAGAAUCGCCGCAGAUGCAGGGGAUGAUGGUGAUCCUGUGGUGGCUGUGCCACAUGAAGGUGUAACGCUUUUGUUUCUCCUUGGUUGAUGAGGAGAUUAAUGGUGAUAAAAAUUUAUUGGAUGAGUUCAUACUACGUAGCAAAUGCUAGUAGUAUAUUGUUAGUCUCGCAUUCCCUCCGUAAAAAAUACAGGAUAUUUUUUAUUUUU